AUGAAAAAAGGUGGUAGAGCAGAAAAUGCGGAUUUUAUUUACCUUGAUGUUUCAAAGGCUUUUGAUGUGAACGAUAUUCCUUGGACCGAUACUUCAAAUUCUAGUGGUAGUUCAGCUAGGGCCAUUGAUGCAUUGACACAAGAAUGUAAUUCAAUGUGUCGUUUCAAAAGAUAUAAAUAA